CUCGACGUCAUCAUCAUUUUAAGAACGACAUCAUGACAUAAGAAUUUGCUCAAAUUCUAAGGAUAUUUCAUUUACUCAUCGGUAUUCUCAGGGCAUUUGUGAGAUUUUCUCGUAUUGCAUGGAGGUUCACUCAAUUCCUAACGCAUCUUCUUCCUCGUUGCUAGCAAUUAAUUUGCGACGGAACAUUAUAUGUGACGGAAAGCUCUGCGAUCUCUAAAUCCCGCGACGUAUUUUCAUGCGCAAUAAAGUAUACCUAGCACUGUAUAAAAAGUUUAUAAAAAGUCGAAUUCUCCAAGAUAAGCUUAAUGCUAAUCAAAAGAAAUAAAACUUAUUAUGUAAUUUCAGAAAAGUAAACCAGGAAAUGAAUUUCUGCUACAAAUUUAUACAUAUAUGCGUCACGCGGUACGACGUCCGAUAAACUGGCUCGGGCAGAAAUUACAAUAUGGUGGGGUGUACGCUCCAACACCUUAAAAGCUUUAUGUGUCACGAAAAAAAGCCAGUAUUCAAUAAAUCCUUACAUUCGAUUUUGGGUACGAACGAAAUGGUCUCGUGUAACAUUUUUGAUAAUUAUUUAUCAAUUGCUAUUAUUAGUUUAAACAUAAUUUUGAUCGAAGCUGUGCCUUCUGAGCUUAAAUUAGUCAAUGUGGUAUUCAGACAUGGCGAUCGAACACCUGAUCUCAACGAACACGAAAUGUAUCCAAAUGAUCCGUAUAUAAAUUAUACCUUCUAUCCAACAGGCUUCGGACAAUUGACCUUGAAAGGCAAGAAACGUGAAUAUAGACUGGGACAAUUUUUGCGUUCUAGAUACAAUGACUUUCUUGGCAGUUUAUAUACGCCAAACUUAGUCGUUGGUCAUAGUUCGGAGAUAGAUAGAACAAAAAUGUCUUUGCAACUUGUUCUCGCUGGCUUAUUUCCACCGAGAAAUGUACAACGAUGGAACCUUUUUUUAAAUUGGCAACCGAUUCCGACAUCGUACACACCACGUGUGGAAGACAGUAUUUUCCUAGCCAUAGAGUGUCCGCAGUCCAUGAACGAAUAUUCUCGAAUAUUAAAUUCGACCGAAGGACAAUUACUGACUACCCAAUUCCAGGACUCUAUGGACAGCUUGACAAAAUUAACCGGAAAGAAAAUAGAGACAUUAGUAGAUCUUUAUCUUCUUUAUAAUACUUUCGCAGCUGAGUCUUCCUUGGGAUUGCCUCUUCCCAAAUGGGCAUACGAUUAUUUUCCUAAUGGAGCAUUGUUGGAUGGAGCAGUAGCCUUCUUCAAUAUUAGUACUAAUUCCACUCCUUUAUCAAGAAGACUAAAUGCUGGUCCAAUGAUCCGUAUUAUGACGGAUAAUAUGAUAGCUGUACAAAAUCCAACCGCUGCGCCGAAUACGAAGAUUUAUUUAUACAGUGGUCACGAUUUAAAUGUUGUCAAUAUGUUGGAGGCGUUCAAUGUGUACAAACCGCAUGUCCCCGAAUAUUCUAGCGCAGUUAUUCUGGAAUUGCGACACAUUGGGCAAGAGUAUUAUGUGAAGCUCGUGCAUUAUCGAGGCAUUCCGCCCACUAUCGAGGAUCUUAAAAUUCCAGGCUGCGAUAUACUGUGUCCCUUCGAUAAGUAUCUGGAUCUAAUUGAAGACUUGAUGCCGUCCGACGAGGAGAUGACUUGUAACAAGAAGAUUCCGAAAUGGCAUUACUUCUCCAGAUUAGGUGCCAGCAAGAUGGUCUCGUUCCUGAUACUCGACAAUUAUUUGUCGAUUGGUCUAAUCAUCGGCAUAAACGCUAUUCUACUUGCAAGUGCGCAACCUGAGCUCAAGUUAGUUAAUGUGGUAUUUAGACAUGGUGAUCGGACACCUGAUAAAAGCGGACAAGAAAUGUAUCCGAAUGAUCCGUAUUUAAAUUAUUCCUUCUAUCCGGAAGGUUUAGGACAGUUGACAGUUCGAGGCAAGAUGCGCCAGUAUGAAUUAGGACAAGUUUUGUACCGCAGAUACAAAAACUUUCUAGGAGAUCUAUAUCUGCCAAAACUCGUUAUGGGUCACAGCUCGGAUUAUGAUAGAACGAAAAUGUCUUUGCAAUUGAUUCUCGCCGCCUUGUUUCCGCCAAUAAAUGUUCGACAACGGUGGAAUCCCGCAUUGAAUUGGCAACCGAUUCCGACGUCAUAUGUGCUACGUGUUGAUGAUAAUUUCUUCUUGCCUGAUGAGUGUCCACAGUUCCUCAAGGAGUAUAAUCGAGUGCUGGAUUUACCUACAACGAAAAAAAGAUUGUCCCAAUUCACGGGCAUGAUGAAUAAAUUGACCAGGUUAACCGGCAAGAAGAUCGAAAAGCCUCUGGAUAUGUAUUAUUUGUAUCACACCUUCGUAGCGGAGUCAUCUAUGAAUCUGACUCUUCCCGAAUGGGCGUACGAUUAUUUUCCGGACGGUCCACUAUUCGAUGGAACCGUAGUUUCAUACAAUAUUGCAAAUUCUACUCCUUUAUUAAAGAGGUUGUAUGCUGGCCCCAUGAUUCGUGCCAUAACGAAGAAUAUGCUAGCCGUACAAAAUGCAAACUCAUCGAACACGAAAAUUUAUUUAUACAGCGGUCACGAAACUAACAUCGCGACAUUGUUGCACGCGUUCAACGUGUAUAAGCCUCUUGUACCUGAAUACACCAGCGCAAUUAUUCUAGAAUUGUUACAGCAAAAUAACCAGUAUUAUGUAAAGUUUUUAUAUUAUCGGGGCAUUCCGCCGAUCAUCGACGAGCUUAAAAUCCCAGAUUGCGAAACUCUCUGUCGUUUCGACAAGUUCUUGGGUCUAAUACGAAACUUGAUUCCAUCUGAUAAAGAAAUGGCUUGCGACAAGAGACAAACUGUGGAUUACGCUGACACAAAAUAUCCUGCCUACUUGGAAAAAAUAGUGUACAAUUUAAUAACAAAAUCAAUUAUUGAUUUCAAUGGGAAUAGAUAAUAAUGAAAACACCUAAUGCGCUA